GAUAAUUCAAUUAGAUUUUGAAAUAAUAGUAUUUCCAAAACAAAUCUGUUCGAAAAUUACAAGUUGAAUUGAGCAAAUUGAAAGAUUUUGACAAGUUUAAAAAAUGAUAAAGUAUCUACUUUUUUCAUUUCUUCUGCAAUCUUCUAUGCAAGUAUUUUUGGCAAUACCAAAUAUUGAGUUCAUAUCAACAAAUUUUUAUGAUCACGACAAAAAUUACAAUUUAAAGAUUAUAAGAAAUGAAAUUAAAAAAUGUGGAAAUGUGGAAAGCUUAAAUUUAGAUAGUAUGAAUUUAUACACUAUAAAGAGUAAUAUAAUUCAGAGUCAACACGUACAACAUAUAUCAUUGUACAAUAAUAAUUUGGAAGACAUUUAUACUAUUUUGGAUCAUGUACCUUAUUUAAGUUGCUUAAAUCUAUCUCGAAAUGAGAUUAAUGUCUAUAAUGACAAUAUAAUUCGACAUUCUCAUCUUGAAAUAUUGGAUUUAAGUUAUCAGAAAAUAUCAGAAGCGAGAGAUUUGAAGACGGAAACAAAUGACGUAUAUAAAUAUAUGAAAUUUAAUAGCAUCGGAAUAAGUUUACCAAAUUUGCAAUAUUUAGAUUUAAGUGGAAAUGAUAUUUCCACUUUAUUGUGGGAUUUUAAUUUGUCUUUUCCAAAAUUAAUACAAUUAGAUUUAACUAACAUCAAUGCAAGGAUACUAGAAUUGGAAUUUUUCGACAAAAUACCAAAAUCUUUGCGCGUUCUCCAUUUGGAGAACAAUAAUCUGCAUAAUUUGACAUUGCAAAAUAUGGCAGAAGUGACCGCCUUGUAUUUGGAUAGUAAUCCAAAUUUACAAACCAUCAAUAUCGUUUCAAAACGAUUGAAAAUUUUAUCGUUAUCAAACUGUGAGAAUAUUGGUUAUGGAACUUUCGAUACUCCAUAUCUUGAACAAUUAGAUUUAUCCAUGAAUAAUCUUAAAUCUGUAUCUAAUAUAAGUUUUGAAAUAUUCCCAUCGUUACGAAUGUUGCUACUGGAUUAUAACAAACUAUCGCAAAUUCCUUCACUAAAUGCCUUACAGCAACUUAAUGACUUAUCAAUGAAUUUUAAUAUGAUUAAAAAUAUUCCGUCUGCUAGUUUUGCAUCCUUUCCAUCAUUAAAAAAAUUGUCAUUGAAAGGCAAUAAAAUAGACCGUAUUGAGAGAGAUAGUUUCUUUGGUUUGAGUAAUUUAGAGUAUUUAAAUCUAUCUGAUAAUAAGUUAAAAGGCUUGCCUUACGAUUGGGCAACGUCAUUAAUAAAUUUGCAAUAUUUAAAUGCAAAUUCUAAUCAAUUUGCAAACAUUUUAGACUUGGCCAUUAACUCGAAUAUCGUCUCGUUAAAACAUUUAUCUGUGAAAAAUAAUUUAAUCACAAAAAUAAGUACACUAGAAUUGGCACAUUUGCCAAAUGCAACUACUGUAUACGUAGCUUAAGACACAACUUAAGCAUAUUUUCAGUAUCCAUUGAUAUUCCAUAUAUAUAUGUAAAUAUAUAAGUAUUUCUAAUUUUUUUAUAUUUCUGCGCAAAUUUAUGACUUUUUAUAUCAAUGCGCACGAAAGUGUUAAAAAUAAUUACAGAUUGUAGAUACUAUAAUUAUUCUUAAGUGCGAGUAUCCUUGUAAGUACAUCGCAAAUUUGUCUUAAUACUUAUUAUGUUAUUUUUA